GUCAGUAGCGUCAAUCUGUCCGUGUUUGAUUGUGAGUUUUGAAAUUGUAAACGGUCGUUUUAAAAAUUUAUAGAAAAUGUUGGAUUUCGAAGAGAAAAUGUUUUAGAAACAUCACCGAGAGAUGUUAAUGUAUAUGCUAGACGCUUUAAUGUGCGCUUUGAAGCUGAAUUGCGAACUUUAAACAACGAAAACUUGGUGGUUAGUGAGACAAUUGUUGAGGGAAAUGGCUGAUUUUAAUUUCUCGAUUCCCUCAAAGUUAAGAGACUUAUUAAUUGAGAACGGUGAUUACUUUGUUCGUAAUGUGAUAGUGCCAGGAAAUAUUCAAGCACAACUUAAAGAAAGCAAACUGGCCUUUCAACAGGAUGGCCCUGAAUGGAUAUUGGAAAACUUCGAUAUCUACUUUUCUAUUUUGUAUCAGGAUAAAUCCGUUUCCUUGGAAACAGUUUACAAGUCCUAUCUGAUUCUCCAUGCAGCUGUGAAGAAGUUGAGUAACUGCCUUGGGUUUUUGCUGGAAGAUAAAUCGAGCAUCACUGAAGAAGUUCAACAAAAGUACCGCAAUGUGCUCAAAAUGCUGAUUUACAUCUACAUUGAAACGAUUUUGUUUGUGGAACAAGCGAAUGUUACAUCCGCAAAAAACCAAGGCCUGUUAAAGGGCCGUAAAAGACCGAACUCCGAGGACACUGCGGUUUUCAACUUGGACAAGAAUAGUAUAUUAGUGUCGCUUAAUAAUAUUUUGCAAUUGGAAAUAGCGCUGUUUUGGGAGCCGCCAGUGGUCGAGGAGCAUUUUAUUAACCUGCUUGCAGAAGUGUGCUAUAAGUUUUUGGAAAACCCGCAGAUAAAAUUCGAGAAGUCUUUGAAGGAUGAACUUUUCAACCUGAUGGGUUGUCUAAUGAAGAGCUACAAUCACAGCACAACAUUUGCCAUUAGAAUGGCGCAGAUGAUCAAGGAUCAUGAGCAUCUUAUUCAGUGCCUGGCAGAAGGAACCAAAUAUUUGGUGGAAACUCACAAUUGCAAGGGGCUGAUUCACGCCCUUAUACAGGAAGUAACUGAAUGGCAGACUGAUGAAAAGUUUCAAGACAGUCAGGGUUCCAAGUUUUGCGGACAGUUUAUAACCAGUCUGGCCGUAUCUAUGCCUAGCAACAUGCUGCCGGAAUUGUUAUAUCUGAACAAAUUUUUGGGACACGAGUCAGCGGCAUUGAGAAAUUCCGUUCUGAAUGUAAUGACGGAAGUUAUCCUACACGUUCAGGCGAAGCUGGAACUUAACAAGGAAGAAAGAGAGUACCUCAAUGAGUUAUUGUCGAUUCUUAUGGAGCAUAUGAGGGAUAAAUCAGCGCAUGUCCGAACGCGUGUCAUGCAACAUUUUGCGCGAUUGCAAACGGAAGGUGCAAUUCCACCGCACUUAGUGAAUGAUGUUUUGGAAAACGUCGUCAAGUACCAUUUGCACGACAAAGCUGCCUUGGUCCGUAAAAGCUCAGUUGGUUGCGUUACGACGUUUCUGUCUUAUAACGUGUACGGCUCACAGCUAUCGUUAAGCGAGGUGACCAAAGAGCUGGAACGUAAGAGAGAAUUGCUGGACCAGCUUCAACCGCAAGUCGACCAGGUUAAAUCGCUGAAGGCCAAAGAAUUGGAGGCCGAGUGGCACAAGAUGGUCCCCGAGUUACGGGAGUUUCUUCUGGAAUUAUUGCAAAACGAAGAUGAAGCCGAGGAAAAUUGUCCAGAAACAGGCGAAGAAGAAGCCACCGAACUAAUCCGAAUGUACAUAGGCGACGGGAAGUAUAAGGAAGCUUUGCAGAUUUGGAAGCGCUCCAUAAAUACCGAUGAUAACAUGGGCGAAAAUCCCGAUUCGGACAAAAUUUUGGAUGAGUUCUUGUCGCACCUGCAAGAAAUCUAUCAGGGCUUCGAAAUCCUGAGCUCAGUGAAAAACGGAGCCAUUCGCGACAAUACCAUCAUAACCGAGGAAGACUUCCAAAAAUUCUUGAGUUUGCGGGAAACAUGCGAUUAUCUAACGAGGGCAGUCAACUUUCUAAAACUGAUAAAUAUUGCAGUCGAAUUAAUCGUUGAACUGUUGGAAACCACCUGCAUUAGCGAUAUGCAAGAAGCAGUUGCGUUCUUUAAUGCGGCGUAUCUAUUUAAAAUCGACAAUGCUCAAGUUGGAGUCACUGCGAUGAUGAAAAUGAUGCAAUGCAACGAGGAGAAUCGAAAGGAUUUAAUAAUAGAGGCAUUCAAAAACAUGUACCUGAAAACCGACGCUUCCAACAUGAAGGAUCAUUCGAUGACAGUCAUCAAUCGAUUAAUCGGCUUACUUUUAUCGGCCUCUGCAUAUGAUAUGGACAAUUUGGAGCUGAUUAUAUCGGAAUGGGUCCAUAAAGGUAUUCUAGAUAACAACAUCAUUGACAUGCUGUGGCAGUAUUUUACCAAAAAAGUCGACGUUAGUGAUCAGUAUUCCUUGGCCAGCGUGGAAUUGUUGCGAAUGGCAGCCUUGAAGCGUGGAACUGUGAUAAGUCGCAAUAUAAAAUUGGUCGCUUCAGUAGCUUUCGCAGAAAGGGGCCGCAAAAAUCUCGCGUUUCUAGGCAGCGCCUGUAAUUUUCUGGCUGUGGCCGGCCGGGAUAGAAUCGACAUUACAUCGGCAGAUCCGCCUUUUUCCAUUAGCUGCGAAGACAGUAUUUUCAGUGAUCUGUUCAAUAUAUUAACCGACACAUUUUUCACUCCGCAGGAAUUUUACUAUCACGCCUUGGCCGGGGCGUUAGAGUUUGUUUAUAAGGUGUGCGGAAAACCGCACAAGCUUUGCGAACAAUUUACUAAGCAAAUAGUGGAAACGUUGAAAACCCGGAUAUCGGACGAGGGCAUCGAGGAAUUUAUUUACAUACGAGUAUGUCAACUGGUAGGGCUCGUCGCUUUGAAACACCUGAAUUAUUUAGACGAGACCGUGUAUAAGGAACUGAAACGACGAGCAAAUUACCAGAUGUCCAAAAAAAAUGGAAAACCAACUGAACCAAAAAUGAACAAAAGUCAAAAAUCUGCAUCAGCCAGUAAAAAGUCGGGCAACAACACAACCACCGCAACAUCAGCGGGGGACGAAUCUCGAAUGGAAGGGGCUCAGGCGGAAGAUCAAGACGCUGAAUUCAUUUUACACAUCUUGGAAAAAAACACUGUCACUGGCUUGGGGCUUUUAUCUCAGCUCGUUCAUCCUGUUGUGAAGGUUUGCGCCAAUGUCGAUGUUUAUGAUAAUUCGCUUCUACAAGGAGCCGCUGUAGUCGCCUUAAUAAGAUGCAUGUUGGUAUCCAGCGAGUUUUGCUUGCAAAAUAUUCAACUUCUGUUCACCAUAUUCGAGAAAUCGACCCAUCUGGAUAUAAAAAAAUCUAUCCUGCUGCAUAUUCCCGAUUUACUGACCCGAUUCCCCAACAUCAUUGAACCAUGGAUGCACAGAAUAUUCGAUGGACUAAAAAAUUCUGCGAUUGAAAUCAGAACGGCCACAUUCUACUCGUUGUCCUGUCUUAUACUGCGGGAUAUGAUCCGGGCACAUUCGCACAUUCAUUUGAUGGUGAAUGGUUUGAUCGAUCCCGAUAAAGAGCUGAGCAGUAUGUGUCGGACUUUUUUCACCACUUUGUCUCAAAAAGAGAACAACCUCUACAAUAUUCUACCGGAUAUAUUUUCGCAUCUGAUGGAAUCUGAUAGUAUUUCGGAAGAAAACUCGAAAUAUAUAAUGAAAUUUUUGUUCGAAUUAAUGGAAAAAUGCAAGCACAUGGGCAACUUGGUGGAUCGAUUCUGUGUUAAAUUCAAGGAAACUGAUAAUAUUAACCAUCAGAGGCACAUAGCGUACUGUUUGUCACUGAUCGUGUACAAUGAUAAAACCUUGAGAAAGCUGCUGAAUAACUUCCCGAUGUACAAGCAUUUGGUGCACGAUUCGGAUAUUUAUUCAAACUUCAAGACGAUUUUACAAGGGUGCAGUAAGCAAGGGAAAGCGGAAUUGAAGCCUAUCAUAGAGGAACUGGAAAAAGCUAUAGCUUCAGUGUUCGACGUCAACCCCGAUGCCCAAGUUACCUCGCCCUCAGCUGCUCAUAAACAACAAAAAAGGAGGACUACAAAGACCAAAGGCCGAAAACGCUCGUAGAUGAUGCGCCGAUUAAAAGUUCAAAUAGAUUUAUAUUUUUCUAAACAUUUGGUUAAAUACACAAAUUAUUAAGUC